UCUAAAAGUAAGCAAAGAAGAAAGAGCAUAUUUUUUUCUUCUAUCUUCAUUUUCCUCUGCAAUCAAAUAACCCCUCCUAAAUCUCAAAAGUUUUCCAGGGAAAGAGGCUGGAGUUAGCUAUUCCAUGGACAGGUUAGUGAAAGCCGAUGUGAAAGAAGUAGAAUUAGUCUUCAUUGGAGGUCAAAAGAGCACCGCAGCUUUCCGUUUAACAAAUCUUAUGCAUACCAUGUCCGUGGCGGUUUCUUUAACCACCCAAAGUCCAUCUUUCUUCUCUUUUAACAAGCCUUUUUCCAUAAUCCCUCCCCUCUCAUCUUCAUCCUAUACUCUCCUCUCCCAGCGGUCUGAUCAACCUCCUCUGUCCAAUCCUCCAGAUUCCAUCGCCGUCAAAACCACCAUGCUUCCUUUAGGCAAGGCUCAUCAUGAUGAUCUCCGCCACCUGUUUUCCAAGCCUGGAAUCCACAUAUUCAAGGACGCUACUUUACCAAUCUCCUUUGUGGGUCCUCAUGUGAUUCAACAUCUCAUUUCUAGCCAUACCUAUAUCGCAGAUGUUGAUCUGUUUCUGAACAAAGCAAUUUCUGGGUGUAGUGAGAAUCAGCUCACAUGGUUACUCAAAUCAGCUGUCGUUUCAGGGGAACCUAAUUUGGUUUGUUCCCUUAUUGUUCAUGGUGGAGAUCUAAAUGAUAAGGACACUAAAGGAAGGUCCUUGAUCUCCUUAGCUGUUGAAGCUGGAAAUUUUGAAGUUGUCAAUGUCUUGAUUUCUUAUGGUUGUGAAAUUGAUAAUUCAGUUGAUCAUGUUUUGCACUAUGCAGCAGCAAUAGAUAGAGUAGAUUUGAUAGAUUUCUUAUUACGGGCUUAUAAAAAUGUGAACUUGGAUUCUGUUGACCUCUGUGGUAGAACUCCAAUUCACAUAGCUGCAAGUUACGGUUAUACUGAAAUGAUUAGAUUUUGUUUAACAGUUGGAGGGAACCCUGAAGUUUUAGAUAUUAAUAGAUGUACUCCACUUCAUUUAGCUGCUCAGGAAGGUCAUUUAGAUGCCGUAGCGUGUUUGUUAGAGGCUUCAAAUUAUUCUAAAUAUGCUUUGAAUAAACAAGGGAAGACUGCUUUUGCACUUGCUGUUGAAAAUGAGCAUUCAAAUUUGUAUGAUUUGUUGCAUUUAGGUGAUGCUUUGAGCCGAGCUGCAAGGAUUGAUAAUGUUAAUGGGAUAAAGAGUUUACUUGCUGAAGGUGCAAAUGUGAAUGGAAAAGAUCAGAAUGGAUGGACACCUUUACAUAGGGCUGCAUUUAAAGGUGGAAUUGAGAGUGUUAAGGUUUUGCUUAACCAUGGUGCUCAGGUUAACCUUGUUGAUGAUAAUGGGUACACACCGUUGCAUUGUGCAGUGGAGGCAGGACACGUUGAAGUUGCUAUGUUGUUGAUUGCUCAUGGAGCUAAAGCUAAUGUGAAGAGUCUCGUUCCUUUGAAUUCUGAUUGUUUUAAGAAUCACCCUUCUUAUGUUCAACCUGUGUGUCAUGAGAAGGAACGAGCUUGACUGGCUGUUUUGUUUAUUUUUCUUUUCUUGUGGUAAUUUUGAAACCUGUACAGAGGAGUAAAAUUUUCAUUGUAUAAUGUGGCUGGUGUCACUUUCUUUGGUCAGAGGGAGAAGGGAGAAUGUUCUGCUCCCAACCAAGCAGUAAAUCCAGUUCAGAGGAUCAAAUUUACAUGCCCAAAUGAAAUGGGAUUUUGCCUUUUAUCAGUAUUACUAGUUGCGUUAGGUUCAGUUUUGAUAAUUCAGUUUCCACCAAAUCCUGCCUCUUUGGCUGUUGAGAGAAAUGAGAAAAUUCAUAAUUUAUUGGAGUUCAAUUUGGCCUAAGCUAAGUAUAUAAUCAAGUAGUAGAAAUAUUAUAUUGUGAAGUUUCCAUUGUUGGAUCAUUUCUAUCACUCAUUUGAGAAAAUUGGUGAACGUUGAUGUCAGAAACUAGGCAUGCUAAUGUACAUCAACUCUCAGUACUGAAACCAGAAUCAUUAUCAAAUUAUCCAACAGGUUGGGCUAUAGUAAUUUGCGAUAGAGAAAGUCCAUGGUGGAUUAUUGGGUUUGUGCCUUAUUUCAACCAAGGACGGGUGGGUUAGUAAUUGGAUACAAUAGAAACAGC